AGGCAGGAGGGACGCCCGGCCCCCGAGAGUGCAGCCGACAGGGCUGAUCCCGAGGAGGCUGCGGCCCGGGAGAAUGGGCGGGUAGAGGGUGUCCAGGGAGGAGGGUCGGGUCGGAGUGGAUGGACCAGCGGGCCGGGAGGGUCCGAGCCGGGAGCGGAGCCUGCACACUCCACCACCCGCCCUUCGGGAAAUAUCAGAACUGAGCCAAGAGGCAGGUGCACCGGGAAAAUGUGUCUGAGUCCUGCCUGGCAGAAGAGAAACUGAGUCACCAGCUCAGGAGCCGCAGGGUCAGCGGGCCUGAAGGGGGCUGGGUCUGCCUGUGGUGCAGAGGGUUGGGUGGGCCGGCGUGAGCUGAGGUGGCCUCUGCCUGGAGAUUGGUCUCUGCUGUGUCUGCACCUCUUGGCUCGGUUCCCCUGUGCUCCAUGAUUCUUGCACCUCCUGGUUUUUUCUCGUUGGCUUGGAGUGGUUCCCGUGAUUGGAGCCAUCUAAGUGUGUAGGGCUUAGGGCAGGAGGAGGGGGAGGAGUGGAUGACUGUGGGUCUGAGCUGGAGUCUGAGGUCUUUGAGGAUUUAGGACGAUUUUCCUGAGCUGCCCUCACCCCAGUCCUGGAGCCAGUCAUCUUCCAGUGUAAUAUGGGGAAAAGCUGUGGGCUAGCCACAUGCCCAGCUCCUCCACCUUGGGAAGGCUUUCUCUGUUAGAAAAUUGGAACCCGUGAAGAUAGUAAUAAUGGCAGUCACUUAUUGUGUGCUUACUUUGUGUCAAGUGCUGACGUGUUCCAUUUAGUUCUCCCAACAAUUCUAUGGGUUAGGAAUUGUUAACUUUGUUUUGUAGAUGUGAAAACCGAAGCUCAGGAGGGACAUAUCAUUUGUUCAAGAUCACACUGCUAAUAGGUGGCAGAGCUGGAAAUUCUUCCCAAGUCUGACUCCAGAACCUAUGGCCUUAACUACUGUACUAACCAGCCUUUAGGGCACACUCCCCAGCAAGAGAGGAGGGAGAUGGUGAUAAGUCCUAGGGUCCCAGCUCCCUGUUGUUGUUGUUUUUUACUUUGUGGCCAUCAAAGACUUGCCCUGAUCCAACCCACAGUCUUUCCUUAUCUGAUGCUGCUGUCUCUGGCCCCAGCCUGAAGGGCACCAAAGAAGUGGGCUGUGGCCAUUCCAAGUGGCAUUCCAAGAAGGCCAUUCUCCUUCACACAGCACUUGGGUGCUAGAUCCUGGGAUCAGCUUUCAAGACAAUUGCUGUUUUAAUCCAUCAUUCAUCCAACCUCCCUCCUCAGAGCUGGCCCUCAGGGUGCAUGAGGCAGGAUCUGUCAGCUCUGCAGGCCAAGCUCCCCUGAGGGCUCCCUGAGCCAGGCAGUGAGGGGCCAGUGGGACCAUGACUGAGGCUGGUCCAGCCAGUCCCUGGGGACAAGGACUAUGCAGUGGGAAAAACAGUAGACUUGGAGUUCUGAAAGUUUUCUGAGCUUCAGUCUUAUCUGUUGUAGAGGUUACUAAGUCCUCUCACUUGGAAAGGUAAGAGCAGCACAUGGAAAACACGUAAGGAGUCAUUGUAGAGAAGCGAGGUGCAGUGAAAGAGAUUCCUUUUUAGAGGAAGGUGCUCCACAUUGCUCCUGGAACCAAUGCCAGGGACAGUGGGCUGGGAAGCAGCAGGAUAGCGCAGGCUAGACAUGGGGAGCUGCUUGACUGGGGUGUGUGGGGUGUGAGGACCUGGGAGGGAGGCAGUUUGAUGUCCUUCCCCGGGCUCUCUGAAGACUCUAGAGCAGAGAACGGAGUGUGGCUUGGGGUGGGGCUGAGCCCCCAGCGCCACCUCAGCAGUGACUCUGUAUGUGCCUCUCUUCCUUCUGCAGCUGCUGCCGCUCACCCCGUGUCUUCUGGCCGCUUCCCUCUUUGCUGCCCCUCCCUAUAGGCUCCCUCUCUCCACCUCCUGGGGACCAUCAUGAAUGGUGCCCCUUCCCCAGAGGAUGGGGCCUCCCCUUCCCCUCCCCCCUUGCCACCGCCCCCUCCUCCUAGUUGGCGGGAGUUCUGCGAGUCCCAUGCCCGGGCUGCUGCCCUGGACUUUGCCCGCCGUUUUCGCCUCUACCUGGCCUCCCACCCCCAGUAUGCAGGGCCAGGCGCUGAGGCCGCCUUUUCCCGCCGUUUUGCUGAGCUCUUCCUGCAGCACUUUGAAGCCGAGGUGGCCCGGGCCUCUGGCUCCCUCUCACCACCCAUCCUGGCUCCCCUGAGUCCUGGUGUGGAGAUCCCGCCACAUGACCUGUCCCUUGAGAGCUGCAGGGUGGGCGGGCCCCUGGCUGUGCUGGGCCCUUCUCGAUCAUCUGAGGACCUGGCCGGCCCCCUCCCUUCCUCGGUCUCUUCCUCUUCUACGACCUCCUCGAAGCCGAAGCUAAAGAAACGCUUCUCCCUCCGUUCAGUGGGUCGCUCCGUCCGUGGUUCAGUCCGUGGCAUCCUGCAGUGGCGGGGGGCUGUUGACCCUCCUUCCCCAGCUGGGCCCCUAGAGACCUCGACAGGCCCCCCAGUCUUAGGUGGAAACAGCAACUCCAACUCCUCUGGUGGGGCUGGGACCAUUGGCAGGGGACUGGUUAGUGAUGGAACCUCCCCCGGGGACAGAUGGACUCACCGUUUUGAGAGGCUGAGACUCAGUCGGGGUGGGGGGACCUUGAAGGAUGCAGCAGGGAUGGUGCAGAGGGAAGAGCUGCUGAGUUUCAUGGGGGCUGAAGAGGCAGCCCCUGACCCAGCUGGAGUGGGCCGGGGGGGAGGGGCAGCUGGGCCUACCUCAGGGGGAGGAGGGCAACCUCAGUGGCAGAAGUGUCGCUUGCUGCUUCGGAGUGAAGGAGAAGGAGGAGGAGGAAGUCGCCUGGAGUUCUUUGUACCACCCAAGGCGUCCCGGCCGCGACUUAGCAUCCCCUGCUCUACUAUCACUGAUGUGCGGACAGCCACGGCCCUGGAGAUGCCUGACCGAGAGAACACAUUUGUGGUUAAGGUGGAAGGCCCUUCAGAAUAUAUCCUGGAGACGGCUGACGCUCUACAUGUAAAGGCCUGGGUGUCUGACAUCCAAGAAUGCCUGAGCCCAGGACCCUGCCCUGCUACCAGUCCUCGUCCUAUGACCCUCCCUCUGGCCCCUGGGACCUCAUUCCUUACAAGGGAGAACACAGACAACCUGGAGCCGCCUUGCCUCAAUCACUCAGAGAGUCUGCCCAGCCAGGAUCUGCUGCUGGGCCCCAGCGAGAGCAACGACCGUCUGUCACAGGGAGCAUAUGGUGGCCUCUCAGACCGCCCCUCGGCAUCCAUCUCCCCCAGUUCUGCCUCCAUUGCUGCCUCCCAUUUUGACUCAAUGGAACUACUUCCCCCAGAGUUGCCCCCCCGAAUGCCCAUUGAAGAGGGACCCCCAGCGGGGGCGGUUCAUCCCCUCUCAGCCCCUUACCCACCCCUGGACACUCCGGAGACAGCCACAGGGUCAUUCCUGUUCCAGGGGGAGUCGGAGGGAGGUGAGGGGGACCAGCCCCUCUCAGGGUAUCCUUGGUUCCACGGGAUGCUCUCUCGACUCAAGGCUGCCCAGCUAGUGCUGGCGGGAGGUGCUGGCUCCCACGGUGUCUUCCUGGUACGACAGAGUGAGACAAGGCGGGGCGAGUAUGUCCUCACUUUCAACUUCCAGGGCAAGGCUAAGCACCUGCGUUUGUCGCUGAAUGAGGAGGGUCAGUGCCGGGUCCAGCACCUGUGGUUCCAGUCCAUUUUCGAUAUGCUCGAGCAUUUCCGGGUGCACCCCAUCCCUCUGGAGUCUGGAGGCCCCAGUGACGUUGUCCUUGUCAGCUAUGUCGUAUCCUCCCAGCGACAGCAGGAACCGAACACCUCCCAUGACCUACCCCAGCCCCCUGAACCCCCUUCAUGGACAGAUCCCCCACAACCUGGGGCAGAAGAGGCGUCGGGGGCGCCAGAAGUGGCGGCAGCAACCGCCGCAGCAGCCAAAGAGAGGCAAGAGAAAGAGAAAGCGGGCAGUGGAGGGGUCCAGGAAGAGCUGGUCCCCGUGGUUGAGCUGGUCCCCGUGGUUGAAUUGGAAGAGGCCAUAGCACCUGGCACGGAGGCCCAGGGAGUCUCUGGAUCUGGUGGGGAUCCUGGGGUGACCCUGAUGGUGCAGCUCCAGCAGUUGCCACUAGGGGGCGAUGGAGAAGAAGGGGGCCAUCCCAGAGCCAUUAAUAACCAGUACUCCUUCGUGUGAGGCACCCCAUCCCACUCUUUCUCCACUCUUCUUGCUCCCCAGCCCUCGGUUGGUGAGAUUGGGACUGGGUAAGGACAAAGAGGAGCAGUAGGAAUCCCCUCCCACAUGCUUCCUGACCCUUGAAGGCCAAGGGCAUGUAUGAUGGUACAAGAAAAGGUUGACGAGCCCUGUUAACUCCCCAGUUCAUACACUACAGGUGCCCUGUCCCCUAGGCAGGGGAUUCGGGCUCCAUUACCUCCCUAAGGGGCUCUAUGAUCAGCCCCACCCCUGGGGGCCAUUUCCCCAUUAACCACCCCUCCCCAGCCCAAGGAAGGGUGCAGGGGAAGGGCUGUCAGUUAUAUUAAGGUGGUUGUUGUUGUUGUUUUAAACAAAAUGGAGACGCAUAAAUAAAAGGAUUUAUCUCAGUUCCAUCGUGA